AGACACUUGUUCUCCUAGUUCGGAACAUAGUGUUCGAUUAUGAUUGAAAAGAUGUUGUGAGAAUCAUGGUGACCAAUAGUACGAUCAUGAAGUAAGUAAGAACGUUCGCACCAUCAAGGAUGACGACUCUUGUUUCUCUUGUCGCCUGAUGCGUACACUGACUCCUUUGCACCACUUUGCGGUAAAAAUGAAGUCGGAAAACGUAGAGCAGUGCACUAUGUGCCGCAGUUUGGCUGCUUCGCAAGAAGAUGGGACCUUGUUGCCUUAAUGUCCAUGUUUGUUGUGUUCGAUCAUGGAGAAACUAAAGGGAUACGCAGCUGCAGUUCUGGGCCCACUAAGGGGUUUCCAGCAGACCUUCUUUUCUGCGUCCUUGCCAACCUUCUUCUUCUGGUCAUCGCUGUUCUACAUUUUCGCUGGUACCUGGUGCAUGAUCUCUCUACCCACGUUGAAGGCCUACCUGUGCGGCAUUCCUCCGGAAGCUAUGAUGUUGGGAAUGAUGAAAUGAGUACUUAAUUGAAAUAUCUGUAGCGCGGCAUGAUAGGCAUUCAUCCUUCGGAAGUUAUGAUGUUGUUGGUCUUCCUUAUAACUAUUUUCGCAAAAUGACACUCAUCCUUCGGACGUCAUGUUGUUCGUCUUCCUUAUCAUCUUCAAUCAUGCAAAGGUUAAGGUAGUUAAAAGGUUGUUGCAAGUCUAAGGAUCUCUAAUCCUCACGCAAAAUUCCAUACGACGUAUCUUCCCAAGGCGACAAGAGCCGGUCUAGGAUGUGCCAACUGUACUGACGAUAUUCUCACCUGUGGCAAAAGUGCGUGUUUUCAAGCAGCUUUCGGGCGGUCUUAUCUUAAGGCUUCCCGCUACAUCUCGUCUAGAAGUUGCAUAUUGAAGCUUUCUGAUCUACGGUGCUCCUCUAAUUUACUGAUCUACGGUGCCGCUGCUCCGUUGAACACAAGCUCGACACUGGUGAACGACAUAGGCGAAACUCUUGUCACUGACAAACUCGAACUGAGUGUGGUAGACGCGAUUAGCGAUCCGAACUGUAAUGAGGCGAUCAAAGGAGCUAAUACCAUUCAGGUUAAGGCUUGCGCAGGGGUAUCCUCCACAUCGUCCUUGUCCUCGUUUACAACCACUACAAGAAGAAGCCAAGGGUGCUCCCAAGGAUGCCCAUGCGGUAGCUCUAAUCAGGGUUUAGUUUUGGAUGUCAUAACGAAGCGGGCAGCGGCGGUCGCAGCCAGUGACGACGACGGUCUCACAGCGGCUUGUGUCAAAGUGCAAUGUCAAAAUUAUGAUAGGUAUAGCGUGUAAUAGUCAUCUUCACUCGCUCUUGGUGAUGCAGAGCUACUUGAAAAAUCUCUCUAGUAGGUUCUUCUAACCUCUCCUUUUCUCUACCUUGAUCCCUGUUGGCGGACUCGCACUAGAUACAUCAGUGACGACAACGACAACGGGUGCUGCUGGCGCGGCAGCUCCAGGUCCAGCGGCAGUUGUAGAACCGACCGCGACAGCGAUUCCAGAAUGUGCUAGUGAAGCGAUCUGGUCCUUUAGCCAGGCGAAAACAUUCUUCGAUAACUGCGAACAGUUUUCUUAAGGCAGCACCACUGUACGUAUAGCAAGUAAUGACUUCGAGUUCAACGAGUUUUCACUAUAAUAACAGAGCUCGGUCACACACGACUCUGACAAGUGCUCUGUGAUUGUUGCAGCUGCUUCAACAGAAUAAGAGUCUACAUCGCCUACUUAUCUGAUUCUGGUCGUAGUUGCUUCACCAGCAAGAAAUGCUCGUACCCUCAAUUUUUCUUCACCGAUGAUGAAUCUUCUAAUGCCGAGACUUCCACAAAGUGUUGCCAAGACAUGCCUACGACCGUAUCAUUGCUGGAAAAAACACGUGCAUGAAACCAGCGAUAACAAAUGGAAUCAACGACUUUGCGUCAUUGUUCGAGCCCUUGUUGGAUAUCAGAGGCGCUGCAACGGCGACUCCCUUUGUUGAUCGAGCCCAGUGCUUUAGCCUACUAACGACCAGCAACGAUCUGAUCACACUACUGAAAAACGUCAAGGCUGCGAAGGUACUAGCUCGUUGCAAUUUUUCGAAAAAUGGGUAUGAGGAUAUAUGCGACGCCUUAUUUGGCUCAACAGGCCAAGAAAGCUCGAAGCGCGUAAUCUGUUGAUCUUUUGGAAAAACGGAGCCACUUCGCCUGCUUCCUUCGUGAAAACUUGUAGGCAUUGACUUUGUGGGCCAGUCUUGGCGCGACAAACUUCGAGCCGGAGGCAGACCGGGGAGGGCCUUCGCCGUUGGUGGUGGCGCGUAUCUGUCUGCGCGUCUCUUUGGUGUCGGCCCGUAGGGGAGAACGCUUGCAGGAGUCGACUGCUGGGCAAACGAGGGGCGCUCGCUGAUGGCCUUGCUGGGCGGCGAAAAACUUGCACAGGGGCGGGCUCCUUCUCCCGUUUUCAUGCGAGCCCUAAGCAUGAGGCAGCGGCGUGGAAGAGUAACGAAGCGCGUGGGCUGGCGUUGCGCAUUGGUUAAGGGAGUAGCGCACGGGCUUGCGCAGCGAUCUGAGCCGAGUAGAUCCCUGGUGGCUUUGCUGCCUCUGCGUGCAGAAUUAUAGGGGCUGGGCAAUGGCGAGCGUGGAAAGAUGAGGCUGCAAGCGCCUACCUCUAUCUUGGACGCCCUGCCUUUCCGAGAGUCGCGCUCUACAAGGGAAGCGCAAAGGCCCAGAAGGUAUGUAAGCAAGGAAACGAAAGAGAGCCGGCCCCAACUCUUGGCAGGGUUCUGCAUGGGUGGACACCGGUGAAACAAGUGGCGGCGCUCGUUGCAGGAGGGUGGCGCUAUCGUCGAGGCUGAGAAUGCUCAUGGCGUUAAGGGGUGGCUAUUUCUUUCGGACGGUUUUGACUAGGUUCAGAAUCUUGAGAGAGACGACGACGACGAGAGAAGGGCUUUUUAUUUAUGAAAAACGUCCGGCAUUGCGUCGAGCUGAGCAAGGACGCAGGGGCUGACGAUCACGCUGCCCGUUCCCACACCAGCAAAGCGCCCGCGCGCGGCCUCAGGCUUCCCCCCUUUUUUAGGCAAGAGCCAGAGGCAUUCGGCAUUUGGCACCCACUCGAGCAAGGUCCUCACGGAUGACCGUGCAGGGCUUUACGAUGUAGGGCCCUGCGUGGCGGCCGUGUGUUUAAUGCAGAGCGAGACUCCGGAUGGGCAUUCUUCUGCGGUUCGCGUGGAUUUCUGAGCCGUGGGAUUAUGUCGCCGGCCUCUGUGUCAAGCCAGGGCUGUGCUUGGGAAUUCCCGUUGCGGGGCUGAUUUCGGACCGUGCUCGCUCGAGGUGCCCCGUCUGCAGAACAAAACGAAACAAGCGCGCCAAUGAGGACCAUCCGGCCGGCCGUUCUUGAGGAAGUGCCGGCAUGGCUGGACGCAGCCAAACGAAACCCACGGACAAGCCCCGCGAGCUCCAUGGAAGCACUAUCGUCAUUUUCUCGGUUAACGGUGACAGCCUUCACCGUGGUAACGAAGCCGGCUCUACGCCUAUGAAGCCCGCGCCGAUCUCGUAGCAGAUUCGACCUCGCUCCCCACUGGUCUGGCACUCGCUGGCGUACUUCUGUGGCGGCUGGUUUGACGGGCUGCGCGGUGGCUACGCACAGCCGGGCGCGCCCCCAUCUUCACAGGCAUAGGCACGUGUGUGAUAGAGCUGGCGGGGCAGGAACGUCAAGCAAAGGGCUACCUGGCGACGCUUGGCGUGAUGUAUGAGAUUGAUGGGGAAGGCUGCUGAGGUGCUAGCCAGGGCCAAAGUCUACGCGCUGGGGCAUGCACUCGGCGGCACGGUAGAGAGGCGCGGGGGCGGGCUGUUCUCUCGCGCGCGCGCACCUCUUCCGCCUUCUGCGCCCCAAAAUCGGCCUGCCGUGCACGCCACGGCGAUGGUCGGGGUGAUAGAUUGAUAGGGCCUGCGCCCGCUUGUCAGUCAGGGAGCCCGCCACCGAGAACGCGCUGAAGCGUUCGAGAGAGCGCAGGCGCAUCUUCGCGCGCCACCGGGGUGGCCGGCUCUGUCGCACGUAUCGCGUAUGUAUCGCGCGGCUCGUUGUCGCAUCGUGCUCAUUCAGAAUGAAGCGGCGCAUCUUCAAUUAUGAUUUCACUCAGGAUGGUGGCGGCGAUUCAGAUAACGCGUGUGGCAACUUUUUCUGUCGCGCUUUUUUCAAUUCUGGCGUCUACCCCGGCCAAACAGGAGCCACGUCAACUGUGGUUCCAGCUUGUGUUUACAACGGAACUGAUAUUAUGAAGCAAAACUUGUGUGGGAACGAGUUGGAUUUUGGAAUAAAUAAGUGACUCGAUUAUACAAAGAUUACUUCCAAAUGUUAAGCGUCGACUCUAAUCCGUCUACUCCUUCCUCUGGCUUAUUCAUAUUUUAUUUCUUUUUGUCGAUAGAGGGAAGCGUGAUGGUGAUGCUCAGACACAGUUGUUCUCUCUGUAGCAACGUAGAAGGCCUUCUCGUGAAGUAGAAUAGUUUGGUAAUCUUGGCGUUUGUACUUGGAAAAAUUUCUGGACUUCAACACUCUGCUAAGGAUCAUAUUGAUAUUCUCUCUACUCUCCCAUACCCAUUGUUCAUCUCAUGGAGGACCUUCUAACACUUCGCCAGACGCUUUUCAGGAUAUAUCUGCUACUUUGAUCGCAGACUUGCCAACCUACUGCAACACGGCUACUGGCGGUUCACUGCUGGUAACUCCGUUCUCAGACUUGAUGAAUGCGUACCAGACAGCGUAUACAACGAAUGCACCCAGACGGAGGAGAGAGUUGGAGGGCAGGGAGGAUGAGAAUCAGGAUAAAGAUGGGAAGGAGAUAGAAACAUCAGGCGGUGCCGCGAUUACUUCUGCUACAGCAGGACCAGUAGGGAUUUUGGGUGAAGACGAAUGGCGUAAAAACAACAAGAAGUUGGCUUCUCUCCUUUCCGGCAUCGCAGCAGCCGGACAAACUUUAACGGCAUUCUCCGAUAUCGACAAAUUUGAUGCGAAAACCGACAAAAUAGUCCUCGUGGAAGACAUCAUAACACCUAGUACAACCUCUGGAUCUGCAGACGAGUUGCUAUCCUUAGCGAAAGAGAUGCAUCGGGAACGGCCACCUAUGUGGCGACCAGGACAAGAAAUGUGCGGAACGAAGAUGGGUAGGAGUGGAAAGAAUACCAUAGUAGAUCAUCCUGUUUUGGAAAUAUACGAUCAUGAUCAUGAUGUAGGUUACGCAAAAGCAAAAUCAGGUGAAGACGAACUAGAGGACUUUAGUCCAAGCAGUGGCACUAGAAGUAGGGGUCAUGAUCAUCGUCAUGAACGUGAAGCUAGCGGCACCGCAGCAGGACAGAACCAUUAUUUUCAUCUCAGGACUACCAGCGGCAGCUCUAUUCCCAUGAUAGGUGUAGCACUGGGUGUAGACGAGAUCCACACGCUCGAUGACACAGUCUCUGCGGAACGAGUUGCAAAUGCAUUGGUCUACAAUCUGUGGAGGCGACCUCUAGAUUGGUUGUUUACUAGUCCUCCAAUGAUAUUAGCCCAGCGUGACGAGGUAGAGGACUCGACGUCGACGAGAAGUAGAAGUGCAGAUGCAGAAGUAGAUCAUACUAGUAGAAGUAUAGUUGGAGAUCAUGGUCAUGGAGUAGGAGUAUCAGCUGAAGGAGUGCCAGGAGUAGGAGUAUCAGCUGUAGGAGUGCCAGGAGUCGAAGCGCCAGUGGUGGGUGGAGUAGACACCAAGACAUCAGACAUGACAUUAACACCUGCGCAAGAACUUCUCGAUGCGCAUCUCCAACCAAGAACGACGUCCUCAAUACCUACAAGAGGACAUCUUCAACACCAGCUUCACCCAGCACCUGCAUCUUCUCUACCUACUUCAGCGUCCUCCGUCACUAGAGACGGGGACUUCCUUCUGGCGCUCAUCCGCAUGAUACCCAACUUGUAUGCGUGGAUGAUGCCUCGGGAUCCAAUUUUCGGUACUGCAGCAGGUAGGGAGCCCUAUUAUAGGAAGAGGAAAAGCGCUAGAGGACAGAUGGCAGACGGAUUUCGGCAUAGCACUGGCGACCAGAGUAGAGACACAGGACUAGGAGACGAAGAGCAGAGUAGAGAUACGAGGACGAGAGGAACAAAUCCUCCACCAAGCCCAAAUUCUGGUAGCACUUCAAUAGCCAUCAGUCGCAUUUUGCAAGCCAAUGACGACUUACCUGAAUUUGAGGAGGGUGAUUGGUCUUUAUGUGGUUGCUAUACCAUGUGCAUGCCUGGCUUGCAGACAAGGAAAGUAGAUUAAGAACCGUGAGGACCUUUGGAUCAUCGCAGCUCUUCACGACUACUGUAAUCAAGUGCUGUCAUCAGCAUCAAGAAGCAGCAUGAAAUUAUCGCUAGAGUGGCCGCGUCCCUAACCCGAAUAUUCCCAUUCUAAAAAAAGUGUUUCGCUGCCGCUUGCAUGCUACCAAAGCCAGCGACUAAACAGUCCUGCGAAUGCACCCACUGUGCCGAUUGUCAAGUGUUGCUCAACCUGCUUAUCAUUGCGAUUUUCUAUUUUGUCCAGGUACUACUACUAGUUCGAACUGCAGUAGUUGCUAAGAUAUUAGGUGGACGUAGACACAACCGACUAGUUUUGUAGUGUGAUGUAUCGACUACGAAUGUUGAUUUUUUCGUUAUUGCAGUUCGUUGUUCGUCAGAUUUUUUCUCAACAUUAAAAUUGCAGAAUAAUCUUCUUCACCUCCUACUUCGUUCUCUUCAACUCCUCCGUCAGGGCGGCUGUGCGUUCAUAGUUUGGCUUGGCUUCGUCUACUGGAGUGGAAAGACGCAGGAUGAGCUUGUCGGUCUGCGAAUUUGGCAGAAGUUUUUAGCGAUUCUCUGCAAGAAGAUGCCGCUUUUGGUUAUGGAAGAUGAAGUUUUAUCGACAGGAGGUUGAGCUUUGUCAGACAGAAUUAAAAGUCUUCAGGUCCAGCGGGAAACUAAGAGUAAUACUAUUUCUCUUGAGGCAGCUAUUCCUAUUCCUAUUGUUGAGAAAAAUACUUCUCACAGUCAUUUCGACAGCACCACGACCUACUAGUACUUAGACCAGAUCAUUAUUUAGCUUUAGGGGACGACACUCUCCUGACACUGACUCUAACUCCUUCCGCAUCCUGACUGUCGGGAUGUUUGUGCAGAUUACUCUUCUCGGGAUACAGGCUUUUCUUCCUUAUGGGGCGAUGGGCAUUGAGUGGCAAGCAGACUGCAAAUUCCCGGAUAUGUGGCUGACUACUGGUGUCAUCUGGUCAGUGUGGCUGUUUCAACUUGUACUUGGUGUAAUAGCCAAAUUAAUCAUCGAUUUGCCACCGUACCUCUUUACCCCAGCAACCAACAAACAGGGCUUCUUGAUGAAGCUCUUAAGGUGGUUGGGACCUUGAAUUUCAAGGCUUGAAGAGCUAGGUAAAAAUGCUGUGAAUUAUAGGGAUUGGAUCGUAACUUUCUUGUCAUAACAGAAAAAUAGACUCCAAUUAGAACGCCGAUUUCGUUGCUAGCCAUUUUUAACAGCUCCAAAGAAAGUAGAUCACGAUUGUUUGUUUGACGAAUUUUCAAACCGUAGUUCUGACGAAUUUUUCAUGAUUCCUUGAAUAGACUAGCUCAGCUGUGACUGAAAAGCAAAUAAAGCCUGUAUAUAGCAGUUGGCCAAGACCUUGAACAUUUUCGACUAACGAAAGCAAAAAAUCGACGUCGCAAGAACAAAAAAAUACUGACUUCGACAGCUAACCCUGGUACGUACAGCAAAGAACAGAUUCGUUUUUAGAACAAAACGUUACUUAUAGAGUAACUAAGAACGAGAAAAAGCAAGAGUCAAGAGAACUCAUCACAGUGAAUACUUAGAAGAUGAGUUUGAGUAUACUUUACUGAGCAGGUCGUUUGAAUGCUGUCCGAAAGCGAGUCGUCACCAUGCUCGACG